AUGGCUACUCAAAAACGAUUAAAUGAUGCUGCACGUCUGACGCUACCAAAGACCGUGUUUACCCUGAGCAAACUACCAGAUCUAACUAGCGAAGUCGUUCAAGUGAGACUUGGACACUUUAUUUACGACUACAUUCAGCCUCCCGCACAGGCUGAUCCAUGUCAGAGCAAAAUAGAUGAUUUCUUCUGCAAAAUCCCCAAGACCGAUAAAGCAGACAAUGCCACUGGAAAGGUUGACUCGGCAAGUGAUACGGAAGCCAAGAAGAACGAAGAUAUGUUCCACGUGCAUAAGAACGUUUUGUGUAAAACGUCCGCAUUCUUCCAGGCCGCUACAAAGCAGGUUUGGCGGGGCCGACCUCGAAAACCUAUCGAUCUUACCACGGAAAACGGAGAGGAUUUUAAAUACUGCAUAACUACGGGACUCCGCUUCGAUCGUGGAACCUACGCGAUUCAGAAAGCGUACAAAGGCACUAUGGCCGGUGAUCCGAUGCGAAAGCUGCUUUUGGAUUUCUGGAUUUGGACAGCGGAUGAAACUUGGGACGUUUCUGAUAUCAUUGAAGAUGCGGGCAAAGAAUUCACCCAGGAGUUGCUGGCUGCUUUGCUGGCGAAGCGCACACAUCCUGGAUGGUUUGGCAAAAAUAGGCACAUGAGGCCAUGGACUGAUCCUCAAACCCAAGGAGCGUAUUACAUCAAAAUUCCUGAUGGCAAGAAGAGCGUUACUGCAUAG